AUGGCUUGUUUUUUUUUUCUUUUUUUCUUAAAUAUUUUCUUAUUGAAAACGAAACUUUUAGAACGAAAAGUAGAUUAUGUAAUCUAUACUCGAACAAUAGCAAGCGAAUUAAAGGGACCUGAUCGAGCAAUAAAAUUACUUAUUCAAGGAAAUAAAGGCAAACAUGAAGUUGAAUUAAGUAAUCCAGUAACAAUGUAUAAUUCAUUUCAACCUGGACAUAAAGAUGAAUAUCAUAUUGAAAAUAUGACCUCAUUAGGUGAAUUACAAUCAAUUGAAAUUGAUAUAACACAUCCGAAUAUUAAAAGGCUUGGGCUCGAUUAUAUUGAAAUAACUUAUUUAAAAACAAACGAUUCCUAUAGAUUUAAUAUUAAUCGUAUGCUUGAUUUAAAAAGUCCAAAAAUCAGUGCAAAAGCUGAACCCAUUCCACGAUAUGUUAAAAAUGCAACAUCAACCAAAAUGGUUCAUAAUCAACUUUCAUUACCUAGCAUUCCAAGUACAAUGACAGCUAAGAAAAAUUUCGAUCAAAUUUCAACAGAAGUACCACAGGGAGCUAAAAAAUCGAGAAAUCAUAAAUAUAAGAUUUCAAUAAAAACGGAUAGUUCAAAUUUGAUGGGUUCAACUCCUGAAGUACAAUUACAAUUAAAUGGAGAUAAAGGCACAUCGGAUAAAAUUUAUCUAAAUAGAUCAGAAAUAAAUUCAAAUAAUUUAUUUGAAAAAAAAAACUACGAUACAUUUGUUCUCAAUAUACCUGAUAUUGGCAUUCUGAAAUCAGCAAUUCUUUCUAUUGAUGAAGAAAUCUCAAAUGAAUGGUUAAUAUCAACAUUUGAAAUUAGUGAUGAAAAUUCCAAAAAUACCUAUCAAGUCGAUGUAAAUGAAAUAUUAAAUAGAAAAAAUAAUCCAUUAACAAUUCAUUUAAAUGAAUAUUCAGCUCAUUCAACAUAUAUGACUAAAUCAAUAGAUAGUUCUGAAAAAAACAUUUAUAAAAUAAAAAUGAAAACAAUCAAGAAAGAAUUUCUUGGUCAAGAUACGAAACUUCAAAUAGAAUUAAUUGAUGAAAAUGAACAAUCGGACAAGACGAUACUUACCCAAAUCGAAGAUAAUGACGAACCAUUAGAAGAAAAUACAAUUCGUACUUUUACUAUCGAUUUAAUAAAAGAUCUUGGAAAAUUGAAAAAACUCAAACUUUCAUUAGUCGGAUCGAAACCAAACAAAAGUAAUCUGUAUCAACCAGGAUUUAUUGAAAUCUUUCAUCCGAAAAGCAAUAGGAUCUAUCGUGUCGAAUAUGUUGUUGACGAUGAUCUUCUCCAUUCGGACAACAAUAGACUCGAAUUAAUCAAAUCGAUGCAAUGUCUGUCAGAUAUCACCACGCACAAGAAAACACGACCACAAGAUGCUGCUCAAUCAACAACGAUGACUUCUAUUGAUCCAUUAAUAGUAUCAUCUUACAAGAAAUUAUCUGAGAACAUUCUCUCGGAAAAUGAUGAAGAUGAUUUCUCUGCAUUAAAUGAUACAAAUAUUUCAUUUAAUUCUCAAAAUCUAGUUCACGAACUCAAUUCAUUAUCAGAAAAAUUAACUCUUAGUUCAAGUAGACAAAUUCAUCCAGGUGAUCGUGUUAAAACCACUGGUAAAAAGAAAUAUAUUGAUCACCAAGCAAGUUCAUCUUUAAAUGAAUCGAAUCCGUACCGUAAAUCAAUUGAAACACUUGAGGAAUAUCGAAAUAAAACUACUAAACCAAUACAAUUGAUGAAUAAUAGACGAAGUUCAAAAACAAAAUUUGAUCAACAACAAGCAAAUACUCUUAAAAAUCGACAUCCUGGUAAAAAUCAAAACAUUACUCGUCAAGUUCCACAAGAUAAAAAUAUGAAUUCACGUAAAAAGUUAUCUCCAAAGAAAACUUCGUCAUGUUUAUUAAAACAGCAAAGAGUAACAAACAAAAAUAAGAUACUCAAUCAUUUAUUACCAUCCAAAUUAUCAUUAAAUACUCGACAAUAUAUGAAUCAAUUGCAAUCAGAAAUCAUGAAUGUAAAAAUGAGACCCUAUUCAUAUAUUUUACACAACAAUAAAAUUAAAAGUACAGAAAAUCGAAAUUUAAGUGCACAACAACCAUCAAUCAAGCAGAAAUUACACAGUAAUCAUUAUAGUCACCAAAAUUAUCCUGUACCAAUGAAAAAAGAAAAGAAAAUAGCUGAUCGAUUGACGAAGAAAACUAAUUUUCGUCGAUUAUCAUUAUCGAAACAGGCAUGUUUAAUAAAAACUUGUAAAGCAAAUCAAAAGCAAAUAUCAAAAAUAAACGAAAAAAAUCUUACCGCCGAUUCAGAAAACAUGAUGAGCAUCAUUGAAAGUCAAAGUUCAUCAAAUAUAUCUAAACAAACGAAGUCCAUUAAGACAAAUAUAACAACAUCUAUUCAAUCAAAAACAUCCCUUGUCUUGUCAGAUUCGUUCGAUUUUGUACUGCAUAAAACGGAAUCUCAUGAUCAAAUUUCACCUGAAUUAAAUAUUACUAACAUGAAUGCACAAAUGAAUCGAUUAGAAAAUGAUAAUAAUGAUACGAUUUUAAGAAAUAAACAACCAACCGAAAAAAAAUCAACUUUAACUAUUCAUAAGAAAUAUGAAACAGGUUUCACAUUAAAUACUGAUAAUUCAUUAUCAAAGCGUUCAAUGCCGAUUCUAUUAAAAAGUGUUCAACCUUAUUCGCCAACUGAAAAUGAGAUCUCGCAAAGACGUAGUCGAAGUGUACCAUUAUCUCAUGCAUCAGUAACACGAGAUAAUCAAGUUCUUUGUACAAACUUAUCACAGAAAUCUUCAUGUAACAUUCAAAAUCAAUCCAAGCAAUCUAUGAAUAUGUCUUCUUCAUCGUCAUUAUCUACUUUCAAUCAAAGUUCACAUACCUCAAUUGAUGAUUCAUUCGUCUCCCAACAAGGAACACCAAAUCAAACUAGAAAACAAAAUGCCUCCAAUGAAUACGAUUCACAAACACUUACUCAAGACAUGGAUGCUAUAACCAUCGAUACAACUACAAAGAAUUAUGAUUCUUAUGGAAAUUUUAUUCAAAAAUCACUUGAUAAUUAUGAAAAUGAACAGUCACUACAAACAAAAGCAUUACUAUCGUCAGUGCACGCAAAAAUAUCUCGUAAAGAUCAUCAACAAAGUCUAUUAAAAAUAUCUGAAACGUCACCAAAUAAACGAAAACUUAUUUCUCGACGACGACUAAUUACUAAUAAUCUAUCAAUUGCAAAUAAAUCAAAAAAAUAUUCUAUCACAGCUAUGAAAAAGAAUCUUACAAAAGAAAACAGUGACGUUCAACAUUCUACAAUACAUUCCACUUCAAGUAAAUCAAAAUUCAACAAUGUUUCAUCAGAUAUCAAAUUGAAGACGCUCAAUAAAACUCAUAAACCAACUAAACAUAAAGCACCGAACGACUAUUAUACAAAUAACGAUCAAAUAGUAACAGACGAAGCUCAAACAGAACUGAAUGCAAUUGAAUUAUCUUCAAAAAAUAAUUAUACAUCAUCACCGUGUUCUAUCGCAUCCCUAACAAAUUCCUCCGUAACUACUAAUCACUUAUUAGUUCUAACAAACAAUCAGUAUUAUAAUGUACCUGAUGAAAUAUCUAAUCAACAAUCAACCACAACAAAAAUGACUGCUAAGUUACCUAGUAAAUUAUUUACCGUAGAUCAUAUGAGUACAGUUUAUGAAGAAUCUGAACCAUCGACAAACAGCAUUCUCAAUGAACAAACAUCAUCCACUAGUAAAUACAAUACAUAG